AUGACCUUUAAAGUAAACCCCGUCCCUACAGAGCUUGAAAACAAGCACGUCUUGGAUUUGUUCAGAUUGAGUGGAAAGAAUGCCGUCGUUUUCGGUGGUAGUAAGGGAAUUGGCAUGAGCGUUUGUUCAGCCUUUGCUCAAGCCGGUGCCAAUGUCGUUAUGACUUAUCAUAGCACUCCUUGCAAAGAGAAAGCAAUGAAAUUGGCCAAGGAAACGGGUGUUCGUGUCGACGCUAUUGAAUGUAAUGUUGGUGAUGAAAAAUCCGUAGCCUCUGCUUUUGAGGAAAUCAAGCGUCUUCACGACAAAAUUGACGUUGUCGUUGCAAACGCCGGUGUCGCUUUCCGUAGCGCUGCUGAAGAGUGUACCACAGAUCAAUGGGAAAAUAUUAUGAAUGUGAACGUGACUUCCAUUCACCGUAUCGCCUCUCGAUCCGGUCAAAUUUUCAAAGAGCAAGGAUUCGGUAACUUUAUCGCUACUGCCUCCAUGUCUGGAACCAUUGUCAACACUCCCCAAAAGAUUUCUGCUUAUUGCACUUCAAAGGCUGCUGUCAAGCACUACUGCAAGGCAUUGGCUAUCGAGUGGGCCGGCUUUGCUCGUGUCAACACAGUGUCUCCCGGUUACAUUGCUACCGACAUGCCUGGCUACCAAUUUAGGAAGGAUUGGGAGCCUUAUGUCCCCAUGCAACGUAUUGGUUUGAGCACUGAACUACGUGGUGCUUACUUAUUCCUUGGUAGUGAUGCUUCAACCUUUAUUACUGGUUUAGACUUGGUUGUGGAUGGUGGUUAUACCGUCAUUUAA